AAAAGGAAUGGCUGUAUCAAGAUUUCUAAAUCGCAUAGGGACACAUUAAUUGCAAUGCGAAAAACGUUAUAAAAAAAAGUUUUUAAUAUCCUCAAGAGAGAUUUGUGUUUAUAUUUUACAAGAUAAAUACCUAUAUAGAGUGAUUGAUGUGAAGUUGUAAGAUCUACCUGCAAAGAUGACGACGGAAAGCGUUCCACAGGAAGAAUCAUCCCAUGCGGUCCGUCCGAUUGUCAACAAUAUAAAAGUUAUCAACUAUGCUAUGAAUAUAGUACCGAAUGAAAGCGGACCAAUCAAGACAUUGCCCAGAAUAAAACCCGUUGAAAGUUCCAAACCAAGUGUGAUACCAGGUGUUAAAAGAACCUCGUCAAAAAAGGUGCAGCCGCUUAGUUCAUUCAUCAAAGGCGAUGCAGAGGAAACAGAAAAUGGCUACGAUGCGUUUUCACCUGGCAGUGUUAAUCCGACUACGACUUCUUCAUCUGUAGGCAGGGAUGCAACAUCUAUAGCAAUUAAACUUAAUUCGUCAAAUAAUUCCGAUAAACUUUCAACCGUAAACAACAAUGUCCCCGACGUAAUACCCACGUCGAUUUUUUACUCCCAACCUGCUAGCAAUUCUGAAAAUUCCAACUCGAACAACGGUGCUGUUAAAAGCUUUGUAAAUUCCUCAGCCGGACCAUCUCUUAGUAAAGAAGAGAAAAAAGGGGAAAACGUUGAAAAAAUCGUGAAAACAAUACAACCUCCAAGUAUGCAUAAUACUAAAAUCCUAAACGAAAUUCAAACAGCUUCAUCGAGUAAGCCUACUGGAAGUAGUAGCCUGACCAACCAACCAAUCUUCUUUAAUCCUAAUGCCGUAAAAUCUGACCAGUUAAGCGAGAACAUUAAAAAUGGAGCAAACAAGACGAUAACGUUAGCUGGUCAAGAAAAGGCGCCAAAAAUUGAAAAGAAAAAUGAAUCUAAAAAAGUGAAUAAUAUAGUAAAGGAAAAGAAGUCUGCUUCGAAACAAGCUAACAUGAUUGAAGUAAAAGAGCAAAACUGGAAACCAACUGCGAAAUCCGCCACAAGUGCAAGUUCUAAAAUUGUUGUUGUAUCUAGCCAAACUUUAGCCCAGUUGAAAAAGCAACGUGAGAGGGAAGAAAAUGUGGAGAAGCCGAAAAGUAUUGAAGUUAUCACAGAUCAUGUUAGUUCUAGUAACGGACGUUCCACAGAAGAAACAAGUGAAAGAAGUACUAAUUCCAACUCAGAAAGGACGAAAAAUAUAAACAGUACUUCUAAAGACCAUCCAGUUUACAGAAAAACAACUGUAAAAGGUCCCACUGAAGAUUCUACUUCCUCUUUAAAGCUAUCUGAAGCAAAAGUGAAUUAUCAAACAACCGCUUUAACUACGCCUCAAACUGCAAACCAGGUUAACCAUAUUGUACCAAUGAAACAUGACAUUUCAAAAGGAAGCAAACCUGUUUAUACCACGACUAAUGUUUCACGUCAGCAAAAUGUUAAAGAAAAGCAAACUAAUUUGGAAAAAAAGACUCAAGAAAAGACCAAACGCGGACCCACUAGUGAUGAUCAAAGGAAAGUACGUCUAACGAAAACACAUUCAACUCACUCUGACAGCUCUAUUCCUCAAGUGAGAAAACCUGCACUGAAAAAACAAAAGUCAGAUAGUGCUGUGAAAGUCCAAACCUUUAAUUCGAAACCAACUAAAACCAUCGAUGGUAAGCCGACAAACAACAAGACUGAAGCUAGUGUUAACCUACAUGUCACAUCCGACCACAAACGACAUGCGGAAAAUGCUACGAUCAUACGCCAGCUUGAUCCUACUGUUAUCUCGUCCGUUGUAGCUAAACCCACUGAAACUGUAAAAACUCGAACACAGGACAUUGUUAGAACUGUAUCAACCGCCCCACCAAAUAGAACAACAGCAACUCAAAACACAGGAGAACACGUUAAAACUUCUGUCGUCAAGACAAAAUCAGAAUCCACUCGUGUGAUCAAAACAACAGAAACAACAAGAAAUUCAGCUACGACUUCUGUUUCCGCAACAGUGAAAACAUCAAAUGCUGACAUAUCGAUAAAAUCACAAAAGAAACACACAACCGAUGAUGAGAUUAAAACAACCACUGUCCAACCUACAGGAACUGCAAAGUCUGAAGUGAAACGAAUGGGAACACCCCAUGCAGUAACCAGUUCAGAAGCACCAACUACCACAUCAAAUCUAAAAAAAUCCGCUGCUAAAACAAACAUAACCCAAAUAGAAACCAGUCACAAGCCAGUAACAACACCUUAUGCAAACCAAAAUACAUCAGUAACCGCAGCGUCGAAAAGUCAAUUGGAUUCCACCUUUAAAGCAGCUACAAUUUCAACAACAAGUACAGCUACUUUGGGAUCAAACUAUGUCAUGAAACAAUCACCUGAAACAUACCCACAAACUAACCUGGAGAAGCAUAUAUCAGUAACAAAAAGCGAAAGUGUAGUAGCGGUGAAGAGUCAUGGUUCCCAGAAAACAUUUGAUUCGCUAGUAUCCAAAGUAGAACCAUCAUCAACACCAGGACUGGCUACCACCAAUAAAAAUGUAGAGAAGAACAAGAUGUUUCAUGAUUCCAGUUUGAAUCAUAGUAAACCUGAUGUACUAGCAUCUACAGUGGAAUAUUAUGAACAAAAUCAUACCGAAAGCAAAUCUAAAAAUAAUGGUAAACAAAGCAAGUCUGAAGAAAAAAAAGCAAGAAAGGACAGUAAAAAGAAGAAGAAAGAGAACAAAAGUUUAUCCAAAGCCAAAUCAGACAGCGAGAAAUAUAAAACCAAAAAAGAUAAAAUGCUCCUAUCAAAACAAAAAUCCACUGGUUACAAUCAAGAUCAGCAAAAAAAUCAACUUUUAAAUCAUAACGCCGAUAAGUUUACAGCAGAGUUGCCUUUACGCAGUAACAACAAUAUACCUGCACCCGUGUUCACAGACGUCGUAGGUAGCAAAAUCUCCAAAGUUGUUCCUGAAAUCAUAAAAAAUGAUACAAUAACAGACGUUUCAUCUGCAAAGGAUGUUAUUCAUAGUGCUGUCAAAAAACAUUCUGAUACAUCGAAGUCUGUAUCCACGAACAUUGCAUCAACUGCGGCUACAGAUCCGGAAAUCAUCACAACUCAACUACCAAACAAGCACGACUUUAUAGAAAAAGAGGCUAGCCUUACACAAAGUAAAGAAGUCAUUAAAACCACCAUAUUGGACACGACGAAGCCUGCUGUCACAAACCAAAAUGAAAUCCAAAGGAAUGAACCUUCAAAGAUUUUAUCUAGUGUUUCAACCAUCACCACAGAUAGACAGUCUGGUGGAGAAUUCAUGUCGUCCUCAAAAGCAAUGUUGUUCCGAAAAGCUUCUGAAAAUCACAUAGUUAGGGGAGAUAGACCUGCAUCCAGCAAAGCUCCACUUGAAAGUAGAAUGUCGCUACCUGUGAAUUUGCCUAAAGAAAAUGCUGAAGAGAUAGCACAGAGUUUACAAAUUAACAAACCAAUUUUGACGGUUGGUCAAGCGUCAUCAGAGCAGUUGCAACCAAAACCGGAAAAUAAAAAAGAAAUUGGUGUCCAAAUGGUUUUACCAGAAAAAAACAAAACCGACCAGGACAUUCUACAUGAACAUCUAAAUAUAAAAGAACGACACCAGGUUAAGAAAUCGUCUUCCGUAAAGAGAUACGUAGAUGUAGUCAACAAAAAAGAAGACAUUGCUCCCAUUUUGAAUGAUUCAUCAAAGGGAAUCAAGCGCACGAGAAGUUACUUGGAACCCAAUUCUUUAACAAAGAAGAAGAUAAACACUGAUUUGACAACAAUAAUGCCUCCAGAACCUCCUGCAGAAUUUUAUGCUCAGUAUACAAAGCCAGAAAUAACAGAGGAGGUAGUUUCAACGGUAACCGAAGUUCGAAACGUUGAAAGUUAUCCAGAUCCAGACGUGCGAGUUGUAGAACCGCCUAAAGCAACUCGCGAUAACAUUCAAGCUAGUAACCGCAAUGCCACAUUUAUUGCUACAAACAAUUCUCAAGCUUCCGUGGAGGAACUCAAGCCACAUGCAAUCUCUUCAGAAGAUGCUGAGCUUAUACCAAAAAGGAAUCACACUCCACCUAUUGUGUCUGCUAAACCAAAACCCAUGAAAACAUCCGUGGAUAACUCCUUAUUUUGGGGGAAUUCCAAAGAACAAUCUACCCUGUAUUCAGAAACUACAGGGAUGAUACAAAAUAAGACAGCCUCGAUGUCAACCACAAAACAUGAAAAAGAAAUUAGUAUGGAGAAAGUGGAAGCAGGAUCUAUUGCAGUUGAGAAGACCAGUAAUACAUCCAAGAAAGCGACGUUUAAUACCGCAGAUUUAAGUGAAACAGACCCAAUAAUGGACGUCGCUAUAUCAGAAAAACUAAGCAAACGAAAAGCACCACCACCUCCUGUUAUGCCAAAAACAUCGAAAGCUAUAAGAUAUUCAGCAUCAAAAAAAAUCGAAACUCGGUACAGCGUCGAAACAACUAAGGAAACAACCUCGGAUGUAGAGGCCGUGCACAAUCCGAAAAAAAUGGAGUUGCUGCAGAAACUAAAGGAGAAGUCUUCGACAAGUUUUGCGGAAGAAAGUAAGAUUCAACCACCUUCUCCUGAAGAACCUUCUCCCGAGCCACUUUACGCAAAAGUGAUAAAGAACAGAACUAACAAAUUAGACGAGCAGCACCAAGGUGGAGAGAUCGAGCGAAAAUACGAUGGAAAUUUGACGAAUACAGUGAUGGAAGAAAACCAUCGUGAAAGCAGCAGUUAUAUCACCACAGGAGAAUAUCAACAAGGAAGUAAUACUUUUAUCAUCCCAGGAGGAGAGUUACAAAAUGUUGAUAAAACAGAACAUACGCUCGACGUUUCAUAUGAAAGUCCUUAUGCAGAAAUAUCUAAUAUAUAUCCAGCCAGCAGACCAUCCUAUCCUGAAAUCCCAGAUCCUGAUUAUGAGGACGACACCAUAGAAUUUAAAAUGACCAACAGUCAGAGUGUAAUCGCAGAGGAAGCACCUACCAUGAACUUGGAUGCAGGUGUUGUUGAAAAAGAAAAGAUUGAGGAAGUUCCUGCUUUAGAUAUCAAUCAAAUUGCGGUAAAAACACAGAAUUCUGAAAAACAGGUGGAAAAUUCUUCUCCGGUGGAAAACUCGAACAAAAUGCCAGUUAUCCCUGAUCCUGACUAUAAAGCAUCUGCCAUGGGAGCGGAUGUAGGUGCUGUUGAAAAAGAAAACAUCGAAGAAGUUCCUGUGUUAGACAUCAAUCAAAUUGUGGUGGAAGCAGAACAGUAUUCAGAAAAACAGUUGGAAAUUUCUUAUCCGGUGGAGAGUACUAAAGUAAUGCCAGCAAUUCCUGCACCUGAUUAUGACGAGGUUACAAGAGAUGAAAAAUUGCAAAGUAUUGGCACAAGUAAUCAUCCAGAUGCUGAUCUUACAUCCACUGAACCAGAAAAACAGACAAUUGUAAGGUCAACUUCAAUUUUAGUCGAGAAAGAAGAGAACUUGAAUUUGUAUAGAUUGAUUCACGGCAAAGACAAAAACAUUGAAUCUGUUGAAAAGAUAGAAGAAACUCGCGUUAAAACAGACCAGCAGGACAGCAGCACUCCUCCUGUAAACAAGAAAAAGGCAGCACAAAGUGACUCCACCUCGGACGUUCCCAAAUCUUUAUUAACGCUAUUUAAACCUACCGAGGUAGCGGCCCAGAACCAGCCUAGAAAAGUUGUUGUUAGAGUCGAAGUACCCGAUGAAGAGACAAAAGGAAGUCGCCGAUUUAGUCUCGGUAGUUUUAAGAAAACAAGACAAGGCAGCAAGCAUGCUGUGAUAUCGCCGGAUGUAGCACCAAACGAUUCCAACGAAAAAGACGAGUUUAGAGCAAGGUCGCAUUCGUCUCGAUUAUCUAGUUUUCUUGACAAGGCUAAAUUUAGAAACAAAUCGAGGAAAAAAGAUCACAAAAGACCACAGAGUGAUAUCAUAUCAGACAGUUACAUGAACUUUUUAUCUGGUCCUGAUAUUAGUGCAGAGACCGAAAACAUGUUCAAUACUUUUGAACAAACCAAAGAAGAGAGUACAUCCCAAACUGUUCCUUUUUCAAAUAAUUUACCAGGUCUAUCAGCCGCCCAAUCAUUAAACUUUCUAAAGAACGAAAAUAAUUAUCCUCAGCCUUUACCAAACACGAACAUGGAAGGCUUUUACGAUAUAAAACAGUUCAAGAAAAUUGAAAAAACUGCUCCGGAAAAAGCGUACUUUGAAGACAGCGCUGAUAACUCAGAUGAGGAAGAAAUCACCUACGAAGGAGAUUACAUUGACGCCUCGUAUGAAAAACGGAAAAUGAGAGAAGUACGCGGUUUCGACGGAUUUAUGAUGUACUGAAGGGCGUUUAAUGGCAAAUUAAUUUGAUCGGAUGCAGAAGUUAUAAGUUCGCAAUGGACGUGACGCAAAACAAAAGCGUGGAGAAAUGAUACUUUCUCUAUUAUAUAUUAUACACUUGCUAUAUAAUCUUAACUUUCCGAUUUAAAACAAUUUAAACAUUGUUAUUAUUUAUAUCGAAUUAAAAUAAUGAGGAUGUAGGUUAGCGAUAUCUGCUAUGCUGGAUUGCAUCGGUUUGCGUUUUCCUUGCCAACCAUUUCUUUUGUAGCGACUUUAACAGGCUUAUUAGCACAUUUUCUUUGUAAUAUAUUCUUCUCGUUUUCAAGAGAACUUUCGAACACAAUUUUAGAAUUUUUCGUAAAUAAUAAAGUUAUUGGAUCAUUUAUAAUUCAUUAUUUCUUUCUUCACUUUACUUCACUUCAAACGUUUUUAAAAUGAGUUUAAAUGGACAAGCAUAAAUAGUGGUAGCGAGUUUUACAUAAAAUUUAAAAUUUAGAACUACAUCUAAUUACAUUUAUCUUGCUCCCUGAUCAGUAAAUUCAAAUUAUCAACAAUCCUCGAUACUAAAGAAAAAUUCAGUUUUUUCAAGAUAACUUUGAUGACAAAUUCGUGCGUCCUUGACAAGGAAUCAUAACACACUCACCUACGCAAGAACAGUUUCAGUCCACACCCUUUUGAAAUUAGUGUUGAUUUGGGUUUUUACCCGGUCUUAGAUGCCCCAUUGAAUAAAUCGUGACGUAUAUUCCUGCUAUAUUAAGUUGAGUAAUUUACUAAAGCGACCACGGUUCGAGUAAACAUCUAGUGACAUUUGUUAUAGGGGGUGUAAAAGAUGUUUUUUAUUACAUUUUCAUUCGAAGGAGAUGUUUAAAAGAAAAGGGGCUUUUUAUCAAAGCGGUUUAGUAUUUUUUUUACACGAAUCAGCGUACACCAAAGAAUGCUGCCAAGUUGUAUUUAAGGUUAAAAAUAUGUUAUUGUUGAUAGAAAAUUUGUAAAUUAUUUUCAUUUUGAAUUCUCAGCUCUUUUC